UACCACAAUUAGCAUAAAUUCCAAUAGUCGUCCAAUUUGACAGUUACAAUAAAAAUUUCAUCAUGGUAUUAUAAAUUAGAGUCUAAUUUUACUUGUUAUGAUACAAACAGGCCUUUUAACAUAAAAUUGUGUAAAGAAGUUAAUAAAAAAUUAAGCAGUAGAAACAUAAAAUUGAUUUCAUACAAAAAGUUUUUUUAAUUUCUAUAAAAGCGCAAGAAAUUUAAGGCCGAUUUCCAUAAGCAAAGCAGAUUUGUAUCUCGUUAUUUCACAAGUGUGUGUGUGUAGCCUUGUAAUUUCCGCCCAUUCACUGGACUUCGUUUUGUUGUUGUGUUAAAUGCAUUUGCUAAACUACAAAUGUGGGAAUUUCUGUAUAGGGCGUCAAGUGGGAACUGGGGGCAUCAAACGGAAACAACACUAACGCCAAACGCAUUGAAUUCAACGAACAGUGGUAUAAUUAAGUUGUGUUAGUGACGAUCAUUCACACAUUGGAAUGGAAUGUGAUGCGAUCGGUUAGAUAUUUUACAACGUAUUGAACUUUGCCUAGAACAAAUAUCCUUAAAUUAGUUCCAUACAUGCCCACCCAUUCGCAAAAAUGUUUUUUUUUUUGCAAAUAAUUUCGGAUAAAAAGUGAACAUGAGUCCUGUUUAGUUAUUGGUUCCAACAUCAUGUUGUUAAAUAAAGAAUUAAAAAAAAUGUGUGCCUAAAAUGGAUGAAAAUACAUUAAAUGACUUACUGGAGUGUUCGGUGUGCUUGGAGCGAUUGGACACGUCGUCCAAGGUGCUACCUUGUCAACAUACCUUCUGUCGUAAAUGUUUAGAGGUGAUCGUGUCCAGCCGCCAAGAGCUGCGUUGUCCAGAGUGUCGAGUUUUGGUUGAGAUAAAAAUAGAUGAUUUACCACCUAAUGUACUCUUAAUGCGGAUCUUAGAAGGUAUGAAAAAUGCAGCAGCUAAAACUCAACAACAUCAAAAGCCGCAAGCAUCUAAAUCGAGUCCGGAUAUACGAAAUGUCGGCGAUCCUAACCAACAACAACAGCAGCAACUUCAAAUAAACAAUCACCCGCAUCAACUUGACCAUAUUCAGCAAAGACUGCAACAGCAUCAGCUUAAUGCUCAACCGCAAGUCCUACAGGAGCAACUCACCCCGACGCAAGUUCUCCCGAUUAACAUCACCAACAGUAAUGUUCAACAAUGCACGCAACAACAACUUGCACAACAACGACGUUUUCUGUUGCCACACGCCUACGCACUUUAUGAUUUCGAUUCAGCCGAACCGUCCGAUUUGCAUUUUAAAAAAGGAGAUUUGGUAUUACUGAAAGGCAAAAUUGACUCCAAUUGGUAUGUGGGACAACUGAAUAAUGGUAAUGGUGUCGUUUCGGAAGGAACAUUUCCCAUUAAUCAUGUACAAGUUAUUGUUCCGCUACCAACACCACAAUGCAUUGCUCUGUAUGACUUCAGAAUGCCACCAAAUGAGGAGCAAGGUUGUCUUACUUUUAAGAAAGGAACAAUUAUUAAUGUACUGCGCCGCGUUGACCAGAAUUGGGCUGAAGGUUGCAUCGGCAAUUCAAUCGGUAUUUUCCCAAUCGCUUUUGUAGAGCUAAAUAAGUUGGCCAAGCAGGUACUGGAGGCGCCCUACAUGGUAGCGAAUACGUCAACGAUUUCAUCAACAACACCACCUACUAUUAACAUGGCACCCUUAACUGGCACCUCAAACAAUGUUACGCAUAAUUUGCAACAGCAAUUACGUAAACCACCCCCCAGACCACAAAUAGAUACUGCCAAUAGUGAUUCUAUAAUCUCUUCAUGCUCAACAUCGAAUUCCUCCUCCAGUGCGACAAGUCCGCGAUCGGCCAAUACAUCAACAACAACUACAACAACAUCCUCAAAUAGCGAUGUUGUAAGUGGCAGCAGCUGCGUAGGUGGCAGUUCAGCUUCUAUGCCUAGCAGUCCUAAUCAAUCACUGCCAGCUUCUCCGCAACAUGAAAUUUCAAAUAGUAACAUAACAAGUGGUUCAAGUUCGGUAAGAUUUCGGGAUAAACGCGAAAAACGGCAUUCUCUUAACACCUUGCUCACAGCGAGUAACUUACACAUAGGAAUAGGUUCAGGUACAACACUUAGUAUUUUGCAAUCAAAUCGUCAUUCAGCGGAAAUUUUAAGCAUACCUGCCGACAUACAUAAUCCUACAGAUAGUGAUGUGCAACCAAAGCCAAGUAUCAGUAGUGGUGGUUGCGGACAAGAAGCCGCCUCCGUUACAGGUGCAGCAAUGCCACAAAGCACAGUCGCACGCGAACAGCAGCAGCAACAGCAGCAAAUACAUGCUCAGCAAUCCCAACUGAAACAGCAGCCACAGCCGCAGCAACGUGUCAAUGUGUUGAAGACAACCGUUGUACAACAAUACGUGCCACCAAGUUUACCCUGGGGCUAUCUCGCUCUAUACCCAUAUAAGCCCCGAAAAAGCGAUGAACUGGAGUUGAAAAAAGGUUGUGUUUACAUCGUCACCGAACGUUGUCUGGAUGGUUGGUUCAAGGGGAAAAACUGGCAAGAUACCACUGGUGUGUUUCCCGGUAAUUAUGUAACACCACUUCGUAGCCGAGAUCAGCAACAGCUAAUGCAUCAGUGGAAGUAUGUGCCGCUACAAAGUACGCCUUAUUCCAAUCAAGUAUCUACAAAAGCCGUCACAAAUGCGCAUGGCGUUCCAACACAAUCUAUUAUUACCUCCGCCUCGCAAAGAAUUCAAAGCCUACAUCAACCACCUGAAUUGCCGCCGCGACAGGUGAGCAGUACACUGCCAAUUUCAUCGGUUUGGACUAAACCACUCGGCCAUACAGUGGAAGCGUUUUUUAAUCGUUGUAAGACCAACGACAACACAAAGGAACACAACUCAAAAGAAAAGGAAACAGGCAGGCAUAUGGAAAAUGUACCUGGUGAAACAGUGGCAUCAUCUGCCACUUCUUCAGGCUCCUCAUCAACCACAUCCAGUGCCGUACAGUUAAUGAAGCGUUUAGCGCAUAUAAAAUCACGUUCAAAAUCUCCGAGUAAUACAAAUACACGUCAGCAACAGCAGAAAAGCCCACAUGCACAAGUAACUGCAAAUGACAAAUCGGCAUUGGGUGAUGAUCCUAAUCAUAAUAAAAAUAAAAAUGUUGGAGUUAACAACUCACACUUCAAUGCUACGAACACACACGGACACUUGCACCCGGUACAUGUGCGUUCCGGCUCCUGUCCGAGUCAAUUGUUGCAGAACCUACCGCAUGAUCUAACGGUGAGUGCUGCAUCGUCUACAGGCUCAGCAGCAAUGGCACAAAUACAAGAAAACAUGUCACAGAACCCACAACUUGUUACGCAACAACAAAGACAUCAACAUCUCCAACAGCCACAACACAUGCAGCAAACAAUACCACAAACAGUUGGCUAUGGCUCCCAGCAGCUGCGUGGUCCUAAGGACCGUCCACAUUUACCAAACGCACGCCAAUCUAUGGAUGCAGUCACAUUGCGUAGUAUGUAUAAUUCGUCAGUUGCACAACAACAGCAACAACAAUCGGCAUAUGCAGCAAAAUGUGCCAACGAACAACAACAGUUGAUACCAACAAAUACAAUAAUUUCAAAUCACCGCAAAUCGCAUAGUUUGGAUGCAGCAGCUGCUUUGUCAAGUUCGUCAAGUGAUUAUGCAACUGUCGGUGGUAGUAAAACCGGUGGCCUGGCUGCAUUGGUUGCACCUGGUAACAUAACGGCAGCCGCUGUUGCAGCAAGUGCAACAACUAAAUCAACACAAAGCUCACGGGAAAGUCGUUUUAGGUGUAUUGUGCCAUAUCCGCCAAAUAGUGAAAUCGAGUUGGAGCUUCAAGUGGGUGAUAUUAUUUAUGUGCAACGUCGUCAAAAAAAUGGCUGGUACAAGGGCACGCAUGCACGCACCAAUAAGACUGGACUCUUUCCUGCUUCAUUCGUUGAACAGGAUAUUUAAAAAUGUAAAAAGAGCAGUUAAAACGCUUGUAGCGCAAUAUUUUCCCUUUUAUUUUACAUUGAUUUACCAGACAAAUCGUAAAUAUGUCCAAUAUUUAUAUUCUUAUGAGUUUUGUAAGCAACUUAGCAUUUCACGAAAGUAAAGACUUUCCAGUGAGUGUCCCAUAAACCACAAAUGAAAGUUACUUUAUGCUUUUUCAGGUCAUUAUUCUGUUGAAUUGUUUUUGGUUUUUUAAUUUUAUGGAACUUUCUCAGACCAGUUACUUUAGUUAUUGCAUUUGUAAUGCUUUUUACAAAAAUAUUAAACUUUUUGCAUACAAGUUAUGUAUGUUUAAUUCUAAA